GGCUCGCUGGGGACAGGCAGGAAUCGGAGCAGCACUGCCGCCUCUGGCGCGAAGGCUCAGGCGCCUCCUCCCGCCCCAGUCACUGUGGCUCGGCGCACGCUGCCGCCGGCUGCCCUUUCCGUCUCUGGGGAAGAAAACCCGCCGGCUGCUGUAGUGCUUGAACCAUGGCCUCGGGACGAAGAGGCUGGGACAGUUCCCACGAGGAUGAUCUGCCCGUGUACCUGGCCAGGCCGGGCACCACCGACCAGGUCCCGCGGCAGAAGUACGGCGGCAUGUUCUGCAACGUGGAGGGCGCCUUCGAGAGCAAGACUCUGGAUUUCGAUGCUCUGAGCGUGGGGCAGCGGGGCGCAAAGACUCCCCGGAGCACCCAGAGCAGCGGCCGCGGCUCAGGGACCCGGCCCGGGGUCGAGGGAGACACCCCGCGCAGGGUCCAAGGCCGGGAGGAAAGCAGGGAGCCCGCGCCCACGUCGCCCGCGCCCGCCGGAGUGGAGAUCCGGAGCGCCACAGGCAAGGAGGUGUUGCAGAACCUCGGUCCGAAGGACAAGAGCGACCGUCUCCUUAUCAAGGGAGGCCGAAUCGUCAAUGAUGAUCAGUCCUUCUAUGCUGACAUUUACAUGGAGGAUGGCUUAAUAAAGCAAAUUGGAGACAAUCUGAUUGUCCCUGGAGGAGUGAAGACCAUCGAAGCCAAUGGGAAGAUGGUGAUCCCUGGAGGCAUUGACGUCCACACUCACUUCCAGAUGCCGUACAAGGGAAUGACCACAGUGGAUGACUUCUUCCAAGGGACAAAGGCUGCCUUAGCAGGCGGCACCACCAUGAUCAUUGACCACGUGGUGCCGGAGCCUGAGUCCGGCCUGACAGAGGCCUAUGAGAAGUGGCGUGAGUGGGCUGACGGGAAGAGCUGCUGCGAUUAUGCCCUCCAUGUGGACAUCACCCACUGGAAUGACAGUGUCAAGCAGGAAGUGCAGAACCUCAUCAAGGACAAAGGGGUUAACUCCUUCAUGGUUUACAUGGCCUAUAAGGAUUUGUAUCAAGUAUCCAACACUGAGCUCUAUGAGAUCUUCACCUGCCUGGGAGAACUGGGAGCCAUUGCUCAAGUCCAUGCUGAGAAUGGAGAUAUCAUCGCCCAGGAGCAAGCCCGGAUGUUGGAAAUGGGGAUAACUGGCCCAGAAGGUCAUGUUCUGAGCAGACCAGAGGAGCUGGAAGCUGAGGCUGUGUUCCGCGCCAUCACCAUCGCCAGCCAAACCAACUGCCCCCUCUACAUCACCAAGGUCAUGAGCAAGAGUGCAGCUGAUCUCAUCUCACAAGCCAGGAAAAAAGGAAAUGUGGUCUUUGGAGAGCCCAUUACUGCCAGCCUUGGUAUAGAUGGAACCCAUUACUGGAGCAAGAACUGGGCCAAGGCGGCUGCGUUUGUGACAUCCCCACCUCUGAGCCCUGACCCGACCACUCCUGACUACAUCAACUCCUUGCUAGCCAGUGGGGAUCUGCAGCUCUCUGGCAGUGCCCACUGUACCUUCAGCACUGCCCAGAAAGCCAUUGGGAAGGACAACUUCACUGCCAUUCCUGAGGGCACCAAUGGUGUGGAGGAGCGGAUGUCUGUCAUCUGGGACAAGGCUGUGGCCACUGGGAAAAUGGAUGAAAACCAGUUUGUGGCUGUGACAAGCACAAAUGCCGCCAAGAUCUUCAACCUGUAUCCCCGCAAGGGAAGAAUAUCUGUGGGUUCUGACAGCGACCUGGUCAUCUGGGAUCCAGAUGCUGUGAAGAUCGUCUCUGCCAAGAACCACCAGUCGGCUGCAGAGUAUAACAUCUUUGAAGGGAUGGAGCUGCGUGGGGCGCCUCUGGUUGUUAUCUGCCAGGGCAAGAUCAUGCUGGAAGAUGGCAACCUACAUGUGACCCAAGGGGCCGGCCGCUUCAUUCCCUGCAGCCCAUUCUCCGACUAUGUCUACAAGCGCAUUAAAGCCAGGAGGAAGAUGGCGGACCUGCAUGCGGUCCCAAGGGGCAUGUACGAUGGGCCAGUGUUUGACCUGACCACCACCCCCAAAGGGGGCACACCGGCAGGCUCUACCCGGGGCUCUCCCACUCGGCCAAAUCCACCCGUGAGGAAUCUCCACCAGUCGGGAUUUAGCCUGUCAGGCACCCAAGUGGAUGAGGGGGUCCGCUCGGCCAGCAAGCGCAUCGUGGCGCCCCCCGGAGGCCGUUCUAAUAUCACAUCCCUGAGUUAAGCAACCUCUCCCUGAAGAGAGGGGCAGACGCAAGAAGAGAUUUUUUUCGAAGCCAAAAUGGUACACCAAUGUUUAAGAAGGAAAGCGAAUCCAAACGGCUGUGAUCUAAAGAAUCAAUAAGCCUCAAGCCUUAUGUUUCUCCAUGUUACGCUCGCUUGCCUAGCUUUACGAAUAUUGCUUUGUUUUCUGUUUAUGCAUAGCCUUGGUUUGUUUGACCCUCUCCCUCAUUUACAUGCAUGCAAUCAGACAGGCCACUAAGGUAAAAGAGUCUGCUAUAUUAUAGUGUUGAGAGCGUGUGUAGUGCUGCAUCUUACGACAAGGGGACAGACAAAGCUGGGAUGUCAGGAAAAUGAACAAAAGGGACACAGGUUAUUUGGGGUGAGUGGGUGGUGGGAGCCCGGAGCAAGGUGGAAGGUGCAGAGGGCUAGGGUAGGGCGUGUAGAAGGGAGGUGGGUGGGCCAGGUGAGCCGAAGGGUGUUGUGUAUUGUGUUGAUGACAUGUGUUUAUUUUCAUGAAAGAUGAUCACUUGUGGCAGCCGUCACUUUAUCACGGUGCCCUGGGGUCUGCAGAGAAGGCGGGGGUCUUUGGAUUCUGGACUUUGUCACAUCCCUCCCCAGUAGAUUUUGUUCCUUUGAAUGCUAAUUAAAACGCCAAAACCCAACCAUUUCUUCCACCUGCUUGAUUAUGCCAGUGUUUGCUGGGACCUCUUUCUCAGUGUUGCUUUCGAACCUUCUUUCCCGGUGUGGGAAGGCCAGAUUGGGAGAGAGCAAAGGAUGCUUCUCUUCCUCUUGCCCUGCCCACCUCUUUGGUGCUCUUGAAAGGCAGCAGCUGAGAGCAAAGCACAGGCCUUCAUCAAGGAGGGCAGCAGAAGCCUAAGUACGCCUCCUACUAGACACCGGAGGUCACCUUUCACUCUUGUCUCUGCAGAUGAGAAGAGCAUGCUUCUGGCAUCCUGAGUCCAGAUUUUAGCUUGCAAGGGGCAGAUUGAAGGGCCUGUCUUGCCAGUGAGUGAGUGAUGCUGUUGAUCUCCCAAGAUCAGGCACAGCCAUGACUGAAAAGGAUUCUUUUAAAAAUUGUAUUAGUUGUUCACUAACUUUUACUACAAAGAGGUAAUCUCAGUUAUGUGAGAGUCAAGUCGGGUUUUGAGAAAGCCGGUCUUGAGCAGAGGGAGCCUGUUACAUAACCUUGGUUCCAUUUUUCAAUUCUAAACCAUCUGUUUCCUCUUCCAUUAGCAGAUCCUUGGGGGGAACUUUCAGUUUGGGUACUAAAAUCUCUGAGGUGAGUGGAAGUGAUGUGACAUGGACUUCCUGAGGGGACACAUAAAGGAAAGUAGCAGCAUGUGUGUCCAUUUCCCUUUCAGACCCCCCUCUGAAAACUCAGUUAUGGGCCAAGUUCUGUGGCAAGGCAAAGAUCUAUAGAACCGAGAGACCCUUAUGCAGGAAGAACAUAUUCAACCUGGGAUCAGACUUCCAUUCCCUGGGAGAUAACAGCUGGUAGAACCCAUAACCCUGUGUACUAAGUACUUUGAAGAGAAGAGCAGGCCUCAGACACCUUUUCAGUGCUUAGAAGAAACUAUUAUUUCUGAAUACUGUUCUUUUUGUUUGUUUUCUCUCUCUCUCUCUCUCUCUCUCUCUCUCUCUCUCUCUCUCUCCCCUCUCCCUCUCUCUGGUGCUGGCAAUGAAACCCAGGGCCUUGCACAUGGUAUGAAAGCUCUCUACCACUGAGCCACACCCACCCCUCCAGGCCUGUCUGCAGGUUUUAAUAAGAUGAAUACUAAAGUGAACACUUGGCUAUAAAAAUAUUUAGAAAUAGCUAAGGAAGAGUAUUUCUCUGAGCAGGCCUGUUUCUCUGUUUCUCUGUUCCAAUCAUGAAAAAGACUUUCACCUCACAGUAGGGAAUCUUGCUAUUGUAAGGCUCUCAUGGUGCUUUUAUUUUAAGGGAAACUUAAAUAAAAAAGAAAAUAUAGCUUUAAUUUACAAUGCAAACAUUUGGGGGCCUUUCAAGGAACUCAGAAUGACUUUUAUGUACAAAGGGAGUUUGUCAGAUCUGAUACAUAUACCUCAGUAGCCAGGCUGGGCUUUAGAAUAAGCUGCAAAACCAGCCGUGGCCACCAGAUGGAGGAAAAGACACAUAAAUAAACUAGUCUGAGCACCCACCCAUCUUCUCUGAGGUUACCUGUCCUGGCCUGCUAAUCCUUCCAUGCCCUGAAAUAAAUCUUCCAUGAGCAAAUGGGUCAUCUGCACCGCACUUGAAGUAUUCAACCAGAAUUUUAUAUUCUACACAUGCAGUCCAUUCCUUUGAAACAACCCCUUGGUGCUCAGGAUGAGCAACGUUGUCAUAGGAAGCCUCCUAAUCUUCUCUUGGCAUUGGUAACAUUCGAGUAUAGCAGUUCCUGAGAAUGCCUAGAAAACUACCCACUCUUCUCUUAACAUGGGCACCGAGUUACAUGUAACUUAAGUUAAGAUGUAUAUUCAAUUUUGUUCUGUUCUAUAGACACACUGAACAGCCCUAUACAAUGAGUCAUGAUGCUCUUCAAAUUCACUGGAAUCUCAUCCAACUGUAGAGGGCAUACUGGAUCUUCAGCCUCACCCUCAAGCUGGCUUUUACCAUCUCGUCUCUUGACCUGGCCCUCCCUGAGGAUGGCUUUGCCUUCCCCCAAUUUUCUCUCAUUGUUUCUAAACCCAGAUGGAAAUCCACUGGAUUCCUCCCUGUGUGGGUCAGAGGUGUGGGGAGUUGAGGAGACAUCUAUGAAACUGUUAAAUCAGCUACCCUACUGGGGAUAUUUCUUUUUCUUCUAAGUUUCCUAAAACUAGUAGGACUAUAGUUUUCCUGAAAAUGGCAUUUUUCAAAAUUCAGUCAUCUUUAUAGCUAGACCCAGAGAGUCAUUCUCUUCUCAUGGGACCUGAAUCCCAAGCCCAGACUCCAUUUUGCUCACCCUGAGAUGUCCCUUCAUAUGCCCCUUCAUCAGUGUGUGGUUCCCAGCCUUGAUUCUUGCCACAAGCCUCCCCAGCCUUCUGCCCUGAACAACCUCAGCUUGAGUCCCAGAUGCGCUCAAGGGCUGUCCUGAGCAGCCAGUGUUCCUCGUAAGCUCCCCUUUGAGAAAUGGUGUGUGGGUGUUCAGUCCUGUGCCUGGUGGGUAUGGACAGACAGUAAAUCUCCCUGUGAUCUGUGCUAGCUGUGAGGCAGCUCUGGAACGUGAAGAGCUGUAUGGUUUGAACCGUGAAGAAAACUGUGUAUUGAGUUAGCUGAGAUUAAAGAAAAAAAAAAAAAAAGUUCAUCAAGUGACUGUUAAUGUAAACC